AUGGAGUCAUCAGGCAGCGCGUCGGCAGCGCCGCGCGUGGCGUUGACACCUGCCAAUGUGAAGAAACUGAUGGACGUGGCAUUGCGCAUGCAACGCGCUGGUCAGAAAGGUCAUCCCAAGUAUCAGCAAAUCGUAGCGCUGCUGCGCGAGUACCAGCGGCAGCGGCAGACUCAGACGUCGACUCAGACGUCUCCAUUUUCACCCAAUCAUAAUCCGAUUCAGACGUCGACUCAGAUGUCUUUAUUUCCACCUGAUACUGCUCUGAUCCAGGUGCCCGUCCCUCUCGAAGUCGCUGCGAACCCGUUAAUGCGCCGCCAAAAAUCCACGAUUUUUUCGGAAAAACAGCUGGAAUAUCUGCAUAAUCAGAUCCGAGCCUAUAAAGCCCUUUGCCACUCAAUGGAUACCGCUAUUGCCCCGACCAAGCAAGUCAGUACUGCUGGAAGGACGUCAGAAGCUGUGGAUUCUACUAUUUCAGAGGUGAAAAUGACAGCGUCGCUGCCACCUCAAUCGACGACCGCAGACCCUGCAGUGCUGGAGCUCAUUACGCCAAAAUGGACACGAGCAGCUCGGAAUUUGCUGUACAUUGGUCCAGAGUAUCUGGAUGGGGACCUCAUUAAUAUUGAGAACAAGGGCCAGGCAGCUUUUGGACCGUACAGUAUCUGCACUCCGUAUCUGGGGCUGAACGACGUGGCACUAAAGAUGCGGUUUAUGCAGACGUUACAGCAGUUUUUGACGUCGAGUUUGGACAAGAUGGAGAGUUACCAUGGAGAGCUGGAUGAAAACGAGCAACGCACACUGCGGGAUCUUCGCUGUGUGUUGCUGCAGCAAAAAUUGCGGCGUCAUGUAGCGAAAGCGCACGCAACGCGACUGGCGCUGCUAGGCGAACCGUCUGCAGUCGACCGUCGAUCGUUUCGACGUCGGCGGCCAGUGUUGCGUGUCGAACUGCAGAGUGACGAGCGGGAGAAGCGUAAGAAAUCCGUUGCAAUGGAAAAGAAGCGGCGGGCAGACCAUCAAAUGUACUUGAAGGCUAUCCUGAACCACUCGCGCGAGUUCUUUGCGUACCACAAGAACGUGAAGGCACAGGUGAGUAAGUUUUCGAAAUCGGUCAAGGCCAUUAUCGACCAGCGUGCGUCGAAGGCCGAGCGGGAAGAAGACCGUCAAGAGAAACUUCGUCUGAAGGCAUUGAAGGCAAACGAUAUGGAAGCUUAUGGCAAGUUGGUAGCUGAGGCUAAGAACGAGCGCUUGACGUACUUGCUGAGCCAGACGAACAGUUAUCUGGACAGCAUCCGUCAACUGGUGCGUCAGCACAAACGAAAGCACCACGUUGUCGACGAAUACACGGCACAUUAUGACGCGCGCCAUGAAGGUAGAAAUGACAACAGUGCUGACGACCAAGACGACGACCUGAAUUAUCUCGAGAUCGCGUCAAAAGGUGAACUGCCACGGCAGCCGUUCAUGCUAGUCGGUGGUGAUCUGAAGGAGUAUCAGCUGCGGGGCUUGCAAUGGAUGGUUUCGCUGUAUGACAACCACUUGAACGGUAUCUUGGCAGACGAAAUGGGACUGGGUAAGACGAUACAGUCCAUUUCGCUGCUUACGUACGUGACAGAAGUCAAACACAAUCACGGUCCAUUUCUCGUGGUAGUGCCUCUAUCCACUUUGUCGAACUGGGUGAACGAGUUUAAGAAGUGGGCGCCUGACCUCGUAAUUGUGGUGUAUAAGGGACCUCCACAGGUGCGCAAAGACCUCCACAAACAGGAAAUGGCAUCGUGCCAGUUCAACGUGCUUCUGACAACGUAUGAGUACAUCAUGAAAGACAAGCACGUGCUGCGUAAAUACGACUGGCAGUACAUUAUCGUGGAUGAAGGUCACCGCAUGAAAAAUGCGCAGAGCAAAUUUGCGAUGACUCUCGGAAGUAUGUACACUUCACGUAACCGGCUGCUACUGACAGGCACGCCUUUGCAAAAUAGCCUACCCGAACUGUGGGCACUUUUGAACUUCUUACUGCCAACGAUUUUCGAGUCUGUGGAUACAUUCGAGCAAUGGUUUAGUAAGCCGUUUGCCCAGUUCUCCGGCAAUGGCGACUCAAACGAGCUGUCUGACGAAGAACGCAUGCUGGUCAUAAACCGACUGCACCAAGUACUACGUCCUUUCCUGCUACGCCGCGUGAAGGCUUCUGUCCUUGACCAAUUGCCUGACAAAGUGGAGAAGGUGCUGAAAUGUGAGCUUUCGGGCUGGCAGAAAAUCAUGUACCGUCGUAUUCAAGAAGGAGGCGCACUUCUUAUGGAAACAACGGAUAACACAGGCAAGACGAAAGGAAAGGCAAAGUACACGUCCAAGGGGUUGUCGAAUGUGCUUAUGCAGCUGCGCAAGGUGUGUAACCACCCGUACCUUUUCCAGACCAACGGAUACCAGAUUGAUUUUGACAUCGUGCGUUCAUCCGGUAAAUUUGAACUGCUGGACCGCAUGUUGCCGAAACUAAAGGCUGCGGGUCAUCGCGUGCUAAUGUUCAGUCAGAUGACACAGUUGAUGCACGUGCUGGAGGACUAUUUCAACUAUCGUGGCUUCCGUUAUCUUCGGCUGGAUGGUUCAACGAGUGCUGACGAACGUGAGCAGCGGAUGUUUAUGUUCAACGCGCCAGAUUCGCCCUUCUUCAUCUUCCUUCUCAGUACGCGCGCCGGUGGUCUCGGGCUGAAUCUCGCGACAGCAGAUACGGUGAUCAUUUUUGAUAGCGAUUGGAAUCCUGCCAUGGAUGCGCAGGCCCAGGACCGCGCGCACCGUAUCGGCCAGAAGAACGAAGUGCGAGUUUUCAGGCUUGUCACGAAUAGUCCCGUGGAAGAGAAGAUUCUCUCACGUGCGACCGACAAGAUGAAUAUGAACAAUCUUGUCGUGGAAGCUGGCAAGUUUAACAAUCGGUCGAAGGAGGCAGAGCGACGUGCGAUGCUUGAGAGCCUCAUCAAGAUGGAGCAAGAGGAAGCAGCGCACGCCGCAACUGGUGAUGAUGAAGCUUCCACUGUUCUAAUGGAUGACGAGAUCAACGCAAUGAUGGCGUUGACUGACGAGGAACUGGCCUUGUAUCAACGACUGGACUGUGAGCGCAUAAACCGUGAGGCAGACGAAUGGGACGAGUACUGCAAGCAAUACAAUCUUCUGCGCGUGCCCCGGUCCCGACUGAUGUUGGAGGACGAUGCCCCGGCGUGGCUACGCGAAGCCAACAAGAGUAUGGAGCACGAUAUUGCAACGGGAAAGCACGACAAGGAUGCUUGGAACUUUGACGUGGAUGCCGUCUCUGGCAAAGCUCGAAAACGCAAGGAAAUGUCGUACCGGGAUCAAUUUACCGACGCGGAGUUUGUCAAGAUGUGCGAGGAUGGAGUUGAUGAUAAGGCGUUGAAGUUGUCGUCAAAGAGCUUGCAGGAAAGUACGCUUCGCAAGCGGAAGCGUGGCGGGAAUGAAGAUGAUGUGGCUGCUGCGGUCGAAGUUCCGGACGUAUGUCGCGAAGAGGACGAGGCAUUGAGGCGUGAGCGCAAGAUGCUGUGCUACUACUACCGAAAGAUCUAUGACGCCGUUGUUAAACUCAAGGACCCGACCGGGCGUCUACGAGCCGAUCUGUAUGUGGAGAAGCCCUCGGCAGUGGAUUAUCCCGACUACUAUACAAUUGUGAAGCAUCCGAUGGACUUGAUCACUAUCAAGGCGCGCCUGGACGACUAUUUCUAUACGUCACACGACCAAUUCGAGGAUGACUUUAACCUGAUGGUGGGCAAUGCCCAGCUGUACAAUCACCCCGACUCGCUCGUUGUUUUUGACGCGCUUGAAAUCGACAAGUGUGUGAAGUCGAAGAUGAAGCCUUUGCGCCUGAGGACGAUGGAGCAGAUCGCUGUAGCGUACGAGAAGGCGAAAAAGGACCACAAGCGUCGUGCAAGGAACCGCAAGGAAAAAAAACGGCGUCACCGCUAA